AUUCCUUUCCUGCGCCUGCGCGGUCUACCCGAGUCAUUGGGUAUAUAGGCAGCGGCCGGAGUGCUCUCGGGAGAGUCGAAGGGGUUGGUGGUUGAGGCUUUGGAGCGGGCAUUUUCUGCAAGACUUUUGAAAAUCCCUGAAAAUGGAAACUGUUGUUCGGCGCUGCCCGUUCCUGUCACGAGUUUCCCAGGCUUUCCUACAGAAGGCUGGCAAAUCUCUUCUUUUCUAUGCCCAGAACUGCCCUAAAAUGAUGGAAGUUGCAACCAAACCAGCUUCACGGGCCCUGAGUUCUUCAGCACCUCACUAUCAACAAAAUGAAGAAACAACAUCCUCCAAUGAAAAGGCCAAAAACGCCCCAGAUGCGGCUCAAGAAAACAUGACCAGAACCCAGCCGCCUCUAAGCCACCCGCCUGCUACUAGCCAGAGUGGUAGCCAAGCUACUGUGACUAAAUGCCCAUUCUUGGCAGCUCAGAUGAGUGAAGGAAACAGUAAUGUUUUUUGCAAAGCCAGCCUAGAACUCCAGGAGGAUGUGGAGGAAAUGCAGUCUGUAAGAAAAGAGUUUGCCAAGACACCGGAAAAUGCUGUUAAUGUUGAUGGUGAAAAGCAACAUGGCUUGCUGAAGAAAUUCCAAGGCAUCAUGUUGAAGCAGAGACCAGAACGGGUGACGCAUCUGCUUCAGGAGAAUUUACCAAAAUCUGUUUCUACUUUCCCAUAUGACCAGUUUUUUGAGAAAAAAAUUGAUGAGAAAAAGAAAGAUCAUACUUAUCGAGUCUUCAAAACUGUGAAUCGAAGAGCCCAGAUAUUUCCAAUGGCAGAUGACUACUCGGAAUCCCAUUCCAGCAAAAAGGAGGUGUCUGUGUGGUGCAGCAAUGAUUAUCUUGGGAUGAGUCGUCAUCCUAGAGUUUGUGAAGCUGUUACGGAAACACUGAAACAACAUGGUGCAGGAGCAGGCGGUACCAGGAAUAUUUCAGGAACCAGUAAAUUCCAUGUUGAUCUCGAAAAAGAAUUGGCUGAUCUUCAUGGGAAAGAUGCCGCCUUGUUGUUCUCGUCUUGCUUUGUUGCUAAUGAUUCAACCCUUUUCACACUAGCCAAAAUGUUGCCAGGUUGUGAAAUAUACUCAGAUGCAGGAAACCAUGCUUCCAUGAUCCAGGGGAUUCGAAACAGCAAAGUGCCAAAGCACAUAUUUCGCCACAAUGAUGUUGGUCAUCUCCGAGAACUACUAAGAAAAUCAAACCCAGCUACUCCCAAAAUUGUUGCAUUUGAAACUGUUCAUUCAAUGGAUGGUGCUGUCUGUCCAUUGGAAAAGCUUUGUGAUGUCGCUCAUGAAUUUGGGGCAAUCACCUUUGUAGACGAAGUGCAUGCUGUUGGAUUGUAUGGAAGCCAAGGUGGUGGCAUUGGAGACAGAGAUGGAAUCAUGCAUAAAAUGGAUAUUAUAUCUGGAACACUUGGCAAAGCCUUUGGUUGUGUAGGAGGCUAUAUUGCCAGCACAAGUUCCCUGAUAGACACCGUCCGUUCCUAUGCGGCUGGAUUCAUCUUUACAACAUCUCUGCCACCCAUGCUUUUAGCUGGUGCCUUAGAAUCUGUGAGAAUUCUAAAGAGCGCCGAGGGCCGGGUUCUUCGCCGCCAGCACCAGCGCAAUGUUAAACUCAUGAGACAGAUGCUGAUGGAUGCUGGGCUCCCAGUAGUGCACUGUCCCAGUCACAUCAUUCCUAUCAGGGUUGCAGAUGCUGCUAAAAAUACUGAGAUAUGUGACAAAAUGAUGAGCCGGCAUAGCAUCUAUGUCCAAGCAAUAAACUACCCCACAGUGCCACGUGGAGAAGAGCUGCUACGUAUCGCCCCUACACCGCAUCAUACCCCACACAUGAUGAACUAUUUUAUUGAGAACUUGCUAGCUACCUGGAAGGAAGUUAAACUGGAGUUGAAGCCGCAUUCCUCAGCUGAAUGCAAUUUCUGUAGGCGACCCCUGCACUUUGAAAUGAUGAGUGAAAGGGAGAGAUCCUACUUCGAUGGAAUGAGUAAACUUGUAUCAGUUGUUGCAUAAAGCAGGGAUGGGGAGCAGGUAGCUCUCCAGAGGUUGUUAGAAUGCAGCUCUCACCAGGCCUCACCAUUGCAUUUGGAGGCCAGGACUCAUUAAAGCUGCAAUCCAACAACCUCUGGAGAGCUGCCUGUUCCCCAUCCCUCACCUAAAGCAAUCUGUAGCCCCAUCCAUGUCUAGCUUACAUUGUCUACUCUAGUAUUCAGAUCUUCAUUGUAGCCUGUUACCUACAUAUUAACUUGCAUCUUAUUCUGUAAUCUGAACUAAAUUCCCCAAAAUAAACUUCAAGCUGGUGUAUGCUAUA